ACGAAUCGGGCCUUGACUACGCUCCGAGCUCUAGAGUCUUGCGCGCUUUCGUAUCUUCCCUCCCCCCUUGCCCUCUCGCUCCCUCGCUCCCUGCCCUCCGACUACUUGUAACCGGCCGCUCUCUUCCACCGAAUCCACUGCCUCUCCUCUCCUCUCCUCUCCCUUCCUCGUUGUUCUCGCCACGCUUCUGCUGGCAGGCCGCACGAGAGUGGAGCGAGUGAGAGUCCAGACUCUGAGUGUUUGUGUGUUUGUGUGUGUAUACCAUCCUCCUCCUCCUCCUCCUCUUCCUUCUCUGCGCUUCGAGCUUUCAUAACUUCGAGCCAUUUCUAGACAGAUACUAGUUUAUAAGCGUUUGGGUCUGAACAAAUAUCAUCGCCUUUGUUUUUCGAGCUCUCUUCUUCCUUCCUCCCUCCCUCCCAUCGCCAGGCGAGUGCACAUACUCUCUCGCCCGGACGGGUUGGAUCGAGCUGUAUCGAGCUGUGUUCGUCCAGACAGGGAUCAAUUUGUGGCAUCUGCAGCAGGAGCAGCAGCAGAAGCAGUUGUCGAGACUGUCAGGAGCGAAGAAGCGGUGCGGUCGGAGAUUGGAGCUCGGUUUUGUUGGUAGAUUGUAGAGGGGCGUGGGAUUGCGGAGGUGCGUGUGUGUUGAGAGUGCGGCAGAGCGGAAGGAGCUCGAGGGGGAAAAGUAGAGGAGCAGAGAUGGACAGGAGCGGGAUCUCGAGAUUAAGCGUGUGCUUCGUGGCCCUGGCGGCAGUGGCUCUGGUAGUGUCGAUGGAUCAGGUGAGCGCGCAAUUGUCACCGGCGCCAGCUCCAGGCCCGGCCAGCCCUGCGGCCGGAGGCUACUACAUCAGCUACGGCGCCUUGACGGCCGACAAUGUCAAUUGCCCCCCGCAAUCCGGCAGGUCCUACUACACCACGAAUUGCAACUCCGCGUCGGGCCCCGUGAGACCUUACGAGCGGACGUGCUCCACCAUCACGCGGUGCGCCAGGGACGAAGUCUAGGCGCGCGCUGCUGGAUCUCCUUCGGGCCACGAUGGGAGCAAGGAUGAACGAUUGAAUCCCUCAUCGCUGCUCGCUCGCUCGUGGAGCUAGCUUCCUUCACAUAUGCAUUGUCCUAUGUACAAAUACAUUCUUCUCGUGCAGGGGACUCUGUGCGCUUUUUUGGAGCCGAUACGAGCUCUGAUACAUCCAUCGCCUUCAUCUUCGACCGCCGGCCAUGAUAUCACCACCGGCACCACCACCAUCACCAUUACAAAGGACAUUUGGUUUAGAAUGUAGGAUUAGGAUCGAUUUAUUUCCCAGGGCUCGGGGCGUUCAGCUCGAAUCUCCUCGAGCCGUGGAUUAGGAAAUAUUGUGACCCGCCGCCGCCGCAUCCGCAUCGCGGGUGCGCGAUGCUGCCGCGGCGGGGGGGGGGCGGGAUGGAGACGGAAGGCGCCAGAGACAUUCAUUGGCCUCUCCAACAAACCCGCGCGUCUCCAUUUUUUUUAGAUACGGAUUCGUAAAAUCUCUCUCUACUUGAUACGACGAUGAAAUUUUAGGCUUUGUUUGUUGCAGUUCUGUUCUGUGUUUGUCAGUAUCGCUCCUCGAGGCUGUGGCAGGCAGAUCGUGAGAACUUGCAAUGUCUCGCCACUUCUGUAUUUUCAGGAUGUUGCAGUGCCGAAGAUUCAACGCUAGAUCUUUUUGAACGAUAAUAAAGUGACUGCCUUCGCUCUCUUACCGAAGGG